AUGGCAAAAGGUGAGGCUAAGAAAACAGCUAAAGCAGUCCGCAAAGGAGAAAAAGAGCAAAAGCACAAAAGAGUCACAAGUGUCAGAUUUAGAAGACCAGACACAAAGAUUGUAAAAAGGACUCCAAAAUACGCUCGCAAAAGCUUGCCAGGCAAAACAAGACUUGAUAAGUUUUCUACCAUCACCAUGCCUCUAGCAACUGAAAAGGCCCUUAAGACAAUUGAAGAUCACAACACGUUAGUAUUUUUAGCGCACCCUAUGGCUAAUAAAAAACAAAUUAAAGAUGCUGCAGAGAAGCUUUACAACAUCAAAGUAGCAAAAGUCAAUACUUUGAUAAGACCUGAUGGGAAAAAGAAAGCUUUCAUCAAAGUCACCCCAGAUUAUGAAGGGCUAGAUAUCGCUAACAAGAUAGGCAUCAUAUAA